GUAAGUCAACACUGCCUGUGUGGCCGCCACUGUAGCUGGAUUUGAUUAGUUUGUUUGGUCUUAAGCAGUGACAGGGAAUACAAGUACUGUGAUCUGUUACAAAUACUCGAUAGUGAACGCAAUGGUAUAAUUUCUGUCUUAUCGAAAUAUAAAUAAAUAUACAAUGCGACCGCAAAAAUUUCGACUGCCGUGUAAUGCAGACAGUUUCGCGCACUUAGAUAAGAAGGUAGUGAUUGUCUCUGUGUUUGGAAAGUCGCAAUAUCGUGUAAAAGGAUGCAAGACGAAUAUGCUUGGUUCGAUCCUCCAAGUGGAUCUCUUGGAUGAACCAAAAGUGGAUAAAGAUUCAUUUUGUGAGAUUGAAGGAUACUAUGAUACAAAAGAUAAAACUAUAUAUUUGCAUUUACGGGGUCUAUUAGACACACAUACUCUUUUAACAGAGUAUGAUAGGUUUAUAGAGAGACAAGAUUGCAAGGAUUUCCUCAGUAUAUGGGCUCAUAUGAGAGACAAAUAUGCUAGAGCUUUGUUAGUUCUGUUUCAUAUAUCUCAUGUUAUUGUCCUUACUCAUCCAACUCACACAUUUGACUAUAGUUAUGUACAUUUAUUCAGAGCAAUGGAUAUUGUGAGACAAAAAGUUUCACCCCAGCUUUCUGAUGUUUUGAGCUGCAUUUAUAGUUUGCCUAAAGAUUGGAUAUCCGAUGUUAGACCUUGCUCUCCUAGAGUAUUAUUCUAUUUUGAAACUUGUCCUGCUGUGUUUCAAGAUCCUGCUAGUGGAGCAAAUAUCAAGAAGCUAGAACAUUCCUUGGAAGAUCAAAUUUACCACGUAUUGAGAAAAAAUCGUAUAGUAACUAAUAUUAGCUCAAAUUCUCUGUUUGCAAUUCCGGCGAAUCAAGAAUUUGUAUAUGUAAACACAGGCACUACAGAAUCUAGAGAUAUUUUGGGUUAUAUGGCAAGAAAAUUAAUACAAAGUUGCAAAAUCAGUUCUGGUGGUAGUACUUCAAGAAGUUUGGCCAGUCAAGACUCUAAUCUUCAGAUAGAUGAUACAGAAACUGAAACUCGUUCCUUCAAAUUGUUUCUACAGCAACACAUCAAUCUGGCCUUUGCAAGAGGUUUUGAUGACAAUGUUGGAAGACAUUCUGUACCUGCAUAUUUUGAGAUACCUACUACUGGAAUAUUCUGUGAAGUGGCAAACAAGGUUUACGAUUUUUUCAUACAUGGUACAGAUAAAGAGUUUCAAACUUUACACAGUUUGUUGGAUACAGAUGUGAAAUUCAGCAAAAGUAGAUGCAGUAAAGUGCUACCAAGAGCACUGCAAACGUAUCAGGAAAAUCUACCUCAACAUUACACAAGAGCAUAUCACGAGACGAAAUUGGCUCACGCAAUGGCAGUUUUCGAGAUGCAUGCGCGUGGUCCUUUAUUCGAGGAAUUUAGCGAGAAGCUACAAGCCGAGUGUGAGAAACACUGGCGUUCCGGAAGACAAAUGUGCGAAGUCUUGUCCUUAACAGGCAACCCUUGCACGAAUCCGACUCAUAGAGGUGGAAGCGAUGGCGCUGGAGGUGGAGAACCAGCGGAGCCUAGGGACAGCGAUAAUGAUUUGCCAAUCAGAGAACAUUGUAGCGGAGUUCGAUAUAUUUGCGCUUGUAUCUGCGGUCGCUAUCAAGGCUCGCGGGAGGACCCUUUUAGUCUGCGUCAGGCUAACUAUGACUACUUCCAAAUGCUAGCAAAACAGUGUGGCUGUGCGCAACUUGAAAGCAUACAGUUUCCAGUUUUUCAACCGAGUACGCAUAAUUAUAGACCAGCACAACUACUUUCGGUGACAAAACGAAAAGAUUCUUUCUGUCACGCAGAAUCACCAACACCACGAGGGAACACUCAACCUUGCAGCCUUGGAGUCAACACUUUAAAUGACGACAUUCGUACUCCAUAUGGAAGUGGAGGUCAAUCCGAGCAAACAAGUGAAACAAACGAAGAUGUUCCUAAACUUAGUAGUAAAACCAGUUUGACACCAAGCGACGCGCACAAAGUUGUGAUAGAGGUUUCUGAUAGCGAUGCGGACAAUAAAGAGAAGUCUCUGGUCAGACAACCAUCGACAACGGAGUAUCUACCAGGAAUGUUACACACGGAGUCGCCAGCUGGUUUGCUACCACAAUUUUCCAGCUGGUCCUUAGUUUGUCUUGGACCGAGUAGUUUAUACUCACACAAUUUGGGGUUGCAACAUCAGGCUGGUGUUCUGCCCACUUCUGCUUUCCUUCUACCCUGGGAUGUGACUGUAAGAUUGGAGCAUCAAAAGGAAAGAGGUUCUUUGUGGCCUACAAUAGGUGAUCAAGGAAUUCUUGGUUACUGUCCAAGAGGGAAAAAUUUCCAAAACAUGAAUACAAUUCGCGGUCGUAAAUCUAAAGGUGGAAAAGAAUUUGUUGUGAAGAUAUUCGUUGGAGUAGAGUACGAGUGUCCACGAGGACACAGAUUUAUGGCAUCUGCGCCUGACAAGGUCCUAAAAGCAACUGGAAAUGGAAUCGUAAAGGAUAGUGGUAAUAAAGUCACAUCCAGUACCGCGGAUAUGCCUCUUUAUUUUCCGUGCCCUUGCAGGCAAACGAAACCAUUAAUAGCUCAGUUAAUGAGGAUUCACGUGGUAACUCCAAAAGCACCUGUUCACGUAACCUUGAAUCCUCGAGUUCAACCGGGGCCUCCACCCUGUCCAAUAUUUGUAACCGGUUGCGACGAACCGAUAAAACUUUCUCAAAGUGCAUAUUGGGUCUUAAGAUUACCAUACGUAUACAUGGACGAGAAGGGACCAUAUUUAGCACCAAAAGAACCGGUUCCAAUUUCACACGGAAGAUUAUUGGCGGGAAUGUAUGGAAUUAGUGAAGUGGUCCCAGAAAAGAAAUAACAUAGUAUUUAAUUUUUGU